AUGACGGAGUACGAUUUCAGUCCCGCUGCGAUUCAUCGAUACCGCGAGAAACAGCGCAGCAUUCACAGAUGGGUCUCCGAGACUAAAAAACACUCCCCGUCCAAUCCGUUCGUUCCGGAGCUACCUCAGCGGGCACAGACAUUCCAGGUCAUGCCCCCACCUCCGGAGCGACGGGUAUCAUCGUCCUCAUCGCGUCCGACAACGAACUCGCGACCCAAACACACUAGAUCGAGGACAGAAGUAUAUAUCCCCCAGUCGUCUCACAAUCAUUCCCGACAUCGACAACCUUCGAAGUCCGCGGCAACCCUCGUGUACCCCACGCGACCUCCAGUGUAUCAGCAACAAUCGAUGCCGCAGUACUCGUCGAACUAUUACUACAUGCAUCCCCAGAUGGGUCAGAUGACGACAGCCCCCUACCAACAGCCCCAGCCACCCCAAUACCAAUACCCUAUUCAGCCCUACUCCGCACCACCCGUGGCGAAGAAGGGUGUUUUCUCCCGUUUCGUCAACUUUAUGAGCGGGAAGAGCACCAAUUCUCCCCCCUCUCGCCAGCCAAGCAGGCAUUCAAGUAAGAAAAGGCGGAACAAGGGGUAUUCCUAUUGGUGGGUACCCAUAGCUUUUCGGUCCCGAUCGCCAUGA